CAAGUCAUGCGAGCUGUGGGUGCACGACUAGGCUAUAUCACAUUCUUUAUAUUGAUCUCAGUCGUGUUUCAUUGGCCAGAAGACAAUGCUCUGUAGGGGAGUGGCUUGUAUCUGGACUGCAUAGUAAUAUUCCAUUCAUAAAAUGUCAGAAUGCUAGAUUGCCUAUAGUGGAACAAUGCACUCAGUAAGAAAUUUCUUUUGUGGUCAGUGGAGUUCUUCUGUAAGGCUUGAUGAUAAAACAGUCAUUAUAACAGGAGCGAAUACAGGCAUUGGCAAAGAGACAGCUAGAGACCUUGCAAGAAGAGGGGCUCGAGUCAUCAUGGCCUGUCGAGACUUGGAAAAGGCAGAGGGAGCCAGAAAAGAAUUAAUGGAGGAUUCUGGAAACCAAAGCAUUGUGGCCAAUAAACUUGAUCUAUCAGAUACCAAAUCUAUCAGGGCAUUUGCUGAACUCAUUAAGAAAGAAGAAAAGCAAGUCAACAUCCUAAUCAAUAAUGCUGGCAUCAUGAUGUGUCCAUACUCAAAAACUGCAGAUGGCUUUGAGAUGCAAUUUGGUGUCAACCAUUUGGGUCAUUUUCUGCUCACUUACCUACUUCUGGACCUUCUAAAGAAAUCUGCCCCUGCCAGGAUCAUCAACGUGGCUUCUGUUGCCCAUACAUGGGGCAGCAUCAGUUUGGAUGACAUAAACAGUGAGAAAAGCUACUCUCCCAGGAGGGCUUACGGGCAGAGCAAACUAGCGAACAUCCUCUGCACACGUUCCUUGGCCAAAAGACUGCAGGGCACAGGUGUGACAGUUUACUCCCUCCAUCCUGGUGUGGUGCAAUCAGAGCUGUUUAGGAACCUCAGCAAGCCUGUGCAAAUAGCAUUCAAGGUCUUUAGCCCUUUUACCAAGACCACUGUGCAGGGGGCCCAGACAACCAUCUACUGUGCUGUAGAGUCAGAGCUGGAAAAGGGAAGCGGAGGAUACUAUAGUGACUGUGCCCCAGCGAGCUGUUCAAGAGAAGCUUCAGAUGAUGAAAUGGCUCAGAAACUCUGGGAAAUCAGCUGUCAGAUGCUUGGCAUCACAUGGGACUGAAAGAGCAUACACAAAAUCUCUAUCAUCAGUCUUAUGAGAAGAGUGGAAUGAAAGCUUUUGUACUAAUGCCAUAGAUAAUGUAAACUGUAGUAGUCAUACAAUCAUGACUGAAUCAGCACUAUGUUUUAAAUUGUUUUUACAUACUUUUAUAAUAUCUUUAUUUUUUCCCAUGGCUAAAUUGGUGUAAAUUGUGAUGAAGUAAAAUGAGUACUGGUUUGGAAAAUCUUUUUAUUCUAUGAACAUUUUUUGCAUUUAGUUUAUUUUUGGUUGUGUCUAGAAGGUAACCAUCCAGAUGCUGAAAAUCUCAUGAGAGUCACAUGCAACGUUCACACACUUUGUUUUUAUGUUUAUUUGGAGUCUCACUGAACCCUGACAACUACCCCUACCCUAACCGUAGUAACAGAAAAUGUGACUCUCUCAAAUGAUCUUUGUGUUGCCCCCAGGGGCGUAGAUUCCAGGGGGGAUGGGGGAGAGGUAACCCUGAUUUUCAAUCACAUUAAAUCACAUUAACACCAAAUAAGACUUGGUUGUUGACUGGCUAAAAUCUUUCAAAAUAUUUUCUGUCGCCUGUACAGAAUCCGAAUGACUGAUUUGCAAAUGAAUCACUUUUUUAAUUUUUUGUUUUGUGAAUUGCUCAAAUGGGUAAACAAAUGGCCUCUCGUGUCAAAAGGAGUCAUUCAGAUGGCUCCCGCACAAUGUUUUAAAUCCCAAAAUCACCCCUGAAUUCUAACCACAGUUUAUGAAGGUCCAUUCAGUAAUUGUUUACUCAUUAAAAAGUUUUACUUCUAAAGGAAUUACUAAUAGACAAAUUUUGAAACAUAUGUAUAAAACCAUG